UACAUGUUCAGGUACUAGCUGCAACAAACUGCUACGCUUCCUGUCAACUGGACAGUGAAAUUGAAUCGUCGGUUAUUUCUGGUUUGUUGUGGAGUUACGUCGACGACAACUCUGAACCACCGUCCGAACAUAAUCCGCAUUAAAAUAUUGUUGAUGCAGUGUUAACAGCAUUUAAUGCCCACUUGUCAGUUUUCACUAGCAAAUUCCGAAGUAAAGGCUACGCAGAAAGGACGGGGAGAAAGGUGACACUCGUGAGAAGGCUCUCCAUUGCGUUAACAGCUAAAGGAAUCGGACAUCAUUCAUUCGGGUUGCUCAGUAGAUUGCAAUGACAGAUUCAAAUGGGGAUGGAAAGUUGGAGGUGAAACAGGCCAGUAAAGAAGUGAAGGAGAGCGAGAAUGUGGCUGAAAAAUACUCCGCGAUGACAGUCAAGAACACCGACAUGAACGUGGGCGAACUGUCCGCAGCAUUUACUGCAGUCCCCACUCACAAAUCUGUCAAGAAGCAGAUCCAGUUUGCCAACCAGGAGGACAAACAGGAGUUCAGCAAGUUCCCCACCAAGGCAGGCCGGCGCUCGCUGUCCCGCUCCAUCUCCCAGUCUUCAACGGACAGCUACAGCUCAGCGGCCUCCUACACGGACAGCUCUGAUGAUGAGUCUUCUCCGCGGGACAAGAACCAGGUCAACUCCAAGGGCAGCAGUGACUUCUGUGUGAAAAACAUCAAGCAGGCGGAGUUUGGCCGCCGUGAAAUAGAGAUCGCAGAGCAAGACAUGUCUGCCCUGAUGGCGCUGAGGAAGCGAGCCCAGGGGGAGAAGCCUCUGGCUGGGGCCAAAAUAGUCGGCUGUACCCACAUCACAGCUCAGACGGCCGUCCUCGUGGAGACCCUGGUUGCCCUGGGAGCUCAGUGCCGCUGGACCGCGUGUAACAUCUACUCCACUCAGAACGAGGUGGCCGCUGCCCUGGCCGAGUCAGGUGUUGCAGUGUUUGCAUGGAAGGGGGAGUCUGAAGAUGACUUCUGGUGGUGCAUCGAUCGUUGUGUUAACACCGAGGGCUGGCAAGCAAAUAUGAUCCUGGAUGAUGGUGGGGACCUGACGCACUGGGUUUAUAAGAAGUACCCAAAUGUUUUCAAGAAGACCCAGGGCAUUGUGGAGGAGAGCGUCACCGGGGUCCACAGGCUGUACCAGCUGUCCAAGGCAGGGAAACUGUGUGUUCCUGCCAUGAAUGUGAAUGACUCAGUCACCAAGCAAAAAUUUGACAACCUCUACUGUUGCCGGGAGUCCAUAUUGGAUGGCCUGAAGAGGACCACUGACGUGAUGUUCGGUGGAAAACAAGUGGUGGUCUGUGGCUACGGAGAGGUGGGGAAGGGAUGCUGCAUGGCACUGAAAGCCCUUGGAGCCAUCGUCUGCAUUACAGAGAUAGACCCCAUAUGUGCCUUGCAGGCCUGCAUGGACGGUUUUCGGGUAGUCAAGCUGAAUGAAGUCAUUCGCCAAAUGGACAUGGUCAUCACAUGCACAGGAAAUAAGAACGUAGUGACCAGGGAUUACCUGGACCGUAUGAAGAACGGCUGCAUUGUGUGCAACAUGGGUCACUCCAACACAGAGAUUGACGUGGCUAGCUUGAGGACACCUGAACUGACGUGGGAAAGGGUUCGUUCCCAGGUGGACCAUGUUAUCUGGCCUGAUGGCAAGAGGGUCAUCCUGCUAGCAGAGGGCCGGCUCCUGAACCUCAGUUGUUCCACCGUUCCCUCAUUCGUGCUGUCCAUCACAGCCACCACUCAGGCUUUGGCUCUGAUAGAACUGUACAAUGCUCCAGAGGGCCGAUACAAACAAGAUGUCUACCUACUGCCCAAAAAGAUGGAUGAAUAUGUGGCCAGCUUGCAUCUUCCUAACUUCGAUGCCCACCUGACGGAGUUGUCAGACGAGCAGGCAAAGUACAUGGGUCUGAAUAAGAACGGCCCAUUCAAGCCUAAUUACUACCGGUAUUAAUGCCUGCCACAUGUCAGUCUCAACACAGCCUAGCAACAUUUAGCCGCCACUCUCCUGUACUACACAUUCAAGUACGAUAGCUCAGUUACCAGCGACCAAACAACAUUUCAACAUUGAUAUCAGUGCACACAGUGAAAAAUGAAUUCACAAAUAAAUCACCAAGCAAGGUGUUUACUCCCCCCUACUGGUGAUAUAUGGAACCCAUGUGCCCUGAUGUUUAACAUUCAAUUCAGACUUAGGGAUGUACAUGUAGUAUUUCACUAAAUAUGAAGGACAUUUAUUUGGAUAGCUGAUAGAACACUGAUGUACUCAUGAAGUUUUAUUUUCACAAUUACAGAUAUUAACAAGAGGGAAUGCCAGAGAGCAAGAGGAAAUCAGUAGUCUUCAAAGUUCUGAAGUAACUUUUUUUAUUGCUAUAAUUUUAAUCAAGUCUAAUCUACUAGUCAACAUUUCUAUCCUUAAGGUAGGCUACUAUUAUGUAUUCAAUUAUACCUAUAGGUAUUGUGACCAAUAAAACUUCCUUAAUUCCCUAGUCAUAAAAUAUGUCUUAAAUCAUGUCUUAAUGUUUUCUAUUGUUGAUUACUUUUUUUAUUAUCAAAUAAGUACUUAUUGAUCAUAGUCCAUUUACGGAAUUAUUCAAAACAGUGCCAAAUCCUGGCCACAUGAUCCGAACAGAAUGUAUCCUGUGUGUGAUUUCAUUUCUUUUGAUGCGUUGCACAAACAGUUUUCAAGAAUUACUUAGAUAAUUAUCAAUUAUUAAGGAAAUCUCCCAAUCAGAAACAUUUAAUGCACUGAAGGACCCUCUGUCUAUAUGUAUUAGAAUGUUGACCUGUACUUCUGUGUUACAUGUGUAAAAUGAAAAUGUAUAGUGGAUAUAAUAAUUUCUACUUAGCUUCUAUUUUAGAAACAAGUCACGCUAUUUGUGUAAGCUUUACUCAGCUCAGGAGUGCAUGGAGCACAGACCUAGAUGUAAUAGUAUUCCCUGGACCUGGAAGGUUCUCUCUAUAGCUGGAUUUAACACUCUCAUCACUGACCACACAUUACACUCUGCCAUUAACACUCCAUAUUUCAGCACUGCAUUAUAAAUUAUAUUUUUUUCAUUCCAUAAGUUUUCAAUUUGCCUUAUUUAGAGGAAAUGACACACGGUCAUAAGCUUCACUUUUGGUUCCUCUCAUAGCAGGUGUGCCUUCCAAGGCACUUUGUGAUCAGAUCCAAAUGCCUCAACUGUUCUGUAAAAACAUAUGGAAAUCAGAGAAGCAUACAUGGCAUGUCACUCACAUGAUUAUUUAUCUAUCUAACCAAUUUGAAUAGCUGUGUGACCUGUAACUUGUUGAGUAUUUGAAAACUGGCUGAUUGCACACAUUUUUACAUUUUUAUUUUCACGUUUCAUGUACAUUAAUAAUCCAUGGCAGGACCUCUCGAUCACUCCUCUUCCUUGACCCUUUAAGAACCUAUUUUUUGUGGAUGUACACUUGUACAAAAAUGCCAGCUGGCUUGAAGGAAAUAUCACUGUGAAUUUCAACAUGGGAAAGCAUUAACGUACGUGUUGAUUUUCUUGAUCAGUAAGAUAUGCAUCUGGACACCUCUAGUCUUUCCCAUGGCCAUUGAUUUUGUUCUUCUCACUGUGUAACGUUAUCCGCAGCAUAUGUGUUGUAUUUAAAAUGUAACGACUUAAUUGCUGUUUUAGUGCAAAUAUUUGCAUCACAAUAAAUAAAGUCACGCCAA